GUUCUAUUUCUCUUCCCCCCUCCCCCCUGUCAUGAAAUUUUCACUGGGACUAUAAACCCGUUUGUCUCUCAUCCCUCCGUCACAUCAGUUUCCCGUCACGUUUUUGGCGAGAUUUCGCCUCUCGAGGACGCCAAACUCGAAUCCCCACCUUGCAUUGACCUUGUUUUAAUUUUUCUUUCUGCCUUUUCCCUAUUUGAUUUUAGAGCCCCAAUACAACUCUGCAAACCAACCAACAAACUGUUCUCUUUUUUUUCUUUUCUACUUAAUCUGCAUAGUUCCUGUCCCGUCAUUUUCCACCAUUUUUCUAUCUCCACUCCCCUACCUAGUCGGUUUGAGUUGGUUGUGUUCUGCAUUCUUUCUUUAUUUUUUAUUUUUUUUCUGUUUUUUUGUUUUUCAUUUUCUAUUACGCCCAGCUCGCGUUUUCUCGGCACGGUUGUUGGUUCCAUCAGUUCUCCCCCCAACACCAGACAUUAAACGCUUUCCUGCCCGGAUUCGGCCUGAAAGUAACCCACUAGUCCCAUACUUGCUCAACUUGUGCAACCUCAGCUCUAGCACGUCAAGCCUAAUCAAAUUUGCCCCGACAGUCCGGGGAUAGUCGACCCAGGUCGUUUAGCGCCCUACUAUCGCAAAACUUUAUAUUCUCCCUUCCAGGACCUAAUCAUCAGUCAACCCAUCAAAUUAAUCUCCAUUCACACCAAGAAACGGUGUCGACAAAAAAAAAUUUCUUUCCCUUUUUGUCAUACUUUAUUCUUUCUCUCCAGCAGCAGCAGGGCAAGAUCAGAUCAGAAGGAAAGGAAAAGAAAAGAAAGAAAAACCAAAAACGCGUAGCUUUGUCACGCCAAACCAUUCUUUUGCUUUUCAUCCUUUCAGAUUCGACAACUCAACACAAGAAAAUUUCAAUAGUCUGAUGCCGCAUUUCUCACGGCCCUCUUUUGUGAGAUUGCGUUCUGCUUGCUGAUAGGCACCCUAUCUCCACCAAGACGACGGGCCGGUUCAGGUCACGUUGCAUGUACAACAAACACAGCAACGACCAAGUAAUCACCCGUAGCAAACAAACUGGUAUCUCGACAGUCGUGACGUGCCUGUCCAUUCAUCACAAUGGACGUCGACACGUCUCAUGACAACUCUCCUGCCACCAUGCAGGCGCGCGCUCUCGCACAUAUCCGGGAGGCGCGAUUAAAACAGGAUCAGGAAUUGAAGGAAGAGCUCGAGAGCAAAAGGGCCCCACUCAUCAGAAAAGUGCUCGACAUUUACCAAGAGCGCAACCGUUACGAGGAGAGGGUACGCGCUCUCAUGAAAGAGGCAGAUCUCACUCACCACGAUGUUGAGAGGAUAGAGCGUAAUCACGAAGAGAAACUGAAUAGGAUUGCAAAGGAGCGGAGGGAGGAAAACGAGUCUAGAAGGAACUUCUUCCGUACUCAACUCGGCGAUGCUGCAGAUAUCUGGAUCUCGGAUGAGGUCAUGAGAACCUGCAAUCCCGCGACGAGUCGGCCAGCCAACGGCACCAAGGCGCACUUUGGGAAUGCUAUGGACGUUGACCAACCCCAAUCUCCAGUGCACAAGGUGGCCAUGAGGACUAAGUUGCCCUCAUCAUCCAACAAAGGCAGUGCAAAUGGGACACAUGCCUCGGCCGAUGCAAAAUCAGGCAGGCUGCCUGUUCUUGCCCCGGCCCCCAUACCUACCAUCGAAGAACCGCUAGAGGAACGCGUCGGCCGCUCAACGGAGCCGGCGGUGAACAGCAGAGGUGGUUUUACUCCAGUCAACGUUCGUUCCGUUGCCAACACCCCCAGCCGAGACGUAUCUACUACUCGAUCCGAAACCGCCACAACCGGCGCCAAACCUCCACGCCGCUCGCUGCCAGAGGGACGACUGUCAAGCGCCAAGGCCGUGUCCCCAUUCAGCCGGCGGGUGGCAAAGUCUCCCGUCCCUAGUGAUGUCGGGACACCCCGUGGUGUUGAGUCGGAUGACGGAGUCGAUGUCGACAUGGAUUUACCCGAGAUCACCAGGGCGACUCUCUCGCUCGAGCACGACGGCAAUGUCUACACCGCUCCUGAGCUGAUGGUGGGUGUGCCGCUACGUCGGAUUGACGAAACAGACGAGUACUGGGAGCCAUCUUGGAAGCCGAUGAAGGAGAAAUUCGCGGAGCAAUUUCACAACUUUGAGAUCAAACACGCUGCGCUCAAGGCUGGUGACUUCAGCAGCCUGGGUGACGAGGAUGACAUCAAGCCGUCGACCAGGAAGAACACCCAGAUGCAGAUCGGGCGGCAGGUAAACCGUGGUCGGCAGUUGAUGGAGUUCUUCAAGGAUGACACGCACAUCAAUCCAUACCAACUCGUAUCCAAGCGUUUUAUCACCGCAGGCUUCUGCAACUACGAUACCAUCUUCCGUCUCGUCUCGACACUAGAUGAACUUAAAAAAUUCCCCUUAGACGUGACACCCCUCGAGUGGAUCCGACAACGUCUAUGGGAGAUUUACAGCGAAGACAAACUCGGUUUCCAACUAAACAAGAUUGUGCACAACUUCUACCGAGACGCGAAGCUGUCCGCCUUGCGAUCCAAGGCCGGCUUCGGCAACAUUGGCAGGCCGUUUGGUGGCGGCAGGCCCAGGAAGUCACUUAACAGCGGCGGCGACGGAAGCGAGCGAGACACGCCUGCGAAGCGAGGCCGCACUAAGCGCAAGGAGCCUCAUGGCGCUGCCGCUCAGAACAGGCACUCUCCUGGAGACCUUCAAGUCGAUAGCCGGCGGGCGAGCGAAUCUGGCGAUAGCGCCGCGCACGAUGUACAGUCUCAUCAGGGGCAGAAUGGACACGACUCGACAACGCAGCCGCAGACCAAGACUGAACUCAGUUCCCCACCUAGCACUAAGCGUCUUCGUCUAGAAGAGCCCGAUGAUGAACCAAGCAAGUCAGAUUUGGAAUACGAUGGAUACACCACGACCGAGGAUCUAAUCGACGACAAACUUCUUCCAACAGAUUGGGAGGUUGAAGAGGUCAAGUCAGCCGAACGUACCACCACUACCGAUGCUAGCACCUAUUGGCAUUGGGUGGAAGCCGAUGACGAUACGGACAAGCCGUACAUGGAGCACCAGGUUCUCGCGGGAACCAAUCCCACUGUCUGGAGCUGCUACAAAGGGUUCGAUUUUAACUUGCGUCCAGAGGAGCUCAAGGAGGUUCUGUUUGCACCUGGCUCCAACUAUGUCGUUAUCAACAAGCGCGACGAGGUCAAGGGCGGGGACGGUGAUCUGGUUGCGCAAUUCCCUCGCCAGAGGACGAGGAAACGAUUCAUCAAAUUCCUCAAGGAUCGCGGAGUCAAGAUUGUCAAAACUGACAGCGAAACCGUAAAUUCCAUGUGGAAGUCUAUCAAGCCGAGACUAGGCCCCGAGGGUCCUCUCGACAAUUAAAAAAAAAAAAAACUAUAUAUUGUGACUGCGACAUCGGUGCAUUUGGGGGCAAGCGUGCUUUUGAACAAAUAGGGUAUGGGUGGCGCAAGAGAUUCUCGGGAUUUUGUAAUCUUGCUUGCUUUGCACCAUGCACCACUUUUAAUUUUUUUUUUUUUUUUUUUUUUUUUUUUUUUUUUUUUUUUUUUUUUUUUUUUUUUCUUCUUUCUCCUGCACCAAAGCUCGGAGGGAACAUAGAGACGUGUUGG